AUGGAAAUUUCAUCUACUAGUGUUUCAUUUUCCUUCUUUAUCAUUUUCCUUUCCAUUACCACCAUUUUCCCUUCAAUGGUGAUUACCUCAACAUCAGUUGCCAAACCAAAACCACUCACCCUAAACCUUGUACACAGCAACUUAGUCCUCUCUGAAAAUGACGAUAUGCUAUUCAAAGCUAAAAGUUACAACGAUGAUUUCUUGUUCAAUCUUUCUCCUGUCGAGAACGGAUUGAUGUUUGUAAACCUCUCUAUUGGCGAUCCACCUCUACAACAACUUGCUGUGCUCGACACAGGCAAUGCUCGCUUCUGGCUUCUUUGCUUCCCUUGCCAAGGCUGUCAUGAAAUUACAAGUCCAAUUUUCACUACCUCUCGCUCCAAAACAUACACACAAUUGCCAUGCAAUGAUCGAUGCAGAAAUGUUACCAAUAUUAAGUGCAAGUCUCCUGAUUCGUGUCCAUUUCAGGGAGGUUAUGCCGUAGGACCAAUAGCCAAUGGAGUAUUUGCCACUGAACAACUCACCUUAGGAACAUCAGAUGAAGGAAUAAGGAUAGUAUCUGAUGUGUUGUUUGGUUGUGCUAACAAAAAUUUCCACGACAGAAUUCGUGAUUCAAGAUUUAAUGGGGUAUUCGGGCUUGGCUAUUAUAGAGAUUCUUUGGCGAAGAGAUUAGGAUCAAAGUUCUCCUACUGUGUAGGAAAUGUAAAUGAUCCUAACUAUCCUUAUAGCCAACUUCUUCUUGGUGAUGGAAUUAAGUUCGAAGGGCAUCCAAUCCCUAUGGUGCCCGGUGGGGUUUAUCGAGAUUCUCUUCAGUCUAUCAGUAUAGGAGGCGAAAAGCUUGCGAUCAGAGCACACACCGCGGUGAUUGAUACAGGAACCCUAGUCACCAGGCUAGCUAAUGGUUAUUUUACAACGAUUAAAAGAGAAAUCCAAACCAGUUUAGACGAGUUAGGGUUGAGUGAAAUCUCAUAUUAUAAUAAUAAUGUUCAACUAUGUUAUAGUGGUAGUAUAGAAAAAGACUUAGUAGGGUUUCCAGUAGUUAGAUUACAGUUUGCUAACAAUGGAGCCCUGGAAUUGGAACGACAUAGUUUGUUCUACGUAGGUGAAUGGGGGGAUGACUCAUUUUGCUUAGCUAUGACACCAAGCAUUGAUAGGGAUAUGACUAUAAUUGGAUUAAUGGCUCAGCAACACUAUAGUAUGGGGUUUGACAUCGACAAUGAAAGAUUGUAUGUCCAAAAAAUUGACUGUGAAUAUUAUAGGGAGUAA